GUGGUGAGCUGUAGGUGGGUUUACUCAAGGACUUUACGACAAGUAGGAUUAAACAGCAUUGACUUUGUAAUGUUUGCUAAUCCUUCGUAUGGUAAUACAAAAAGUUGGACUCAACAUCAGGCGGACCGACAGGUGGAAGUGUGGAUUGUGUGCAUGGAAACAUUGUUGUGAUAUUGGAUAACGAUCAGUCAGUAGAUGCAACUUGAUUGGUUAGUAUAAUGUCGGGGAGACGAGCUAGUCGCCAAGGAAACCGGAGAUUAUCUGUUCAUUCGACCUCACAUCGACUGAAUAAAGGCAAAAGGAGAGAUGGUACUCCCGAGAAGUCGGCCACGCCCUCCCAGGAGGAGAACAGUGAGAACCGACCACCAUCACACAACGUCAUCUGGAAUGAGGAGAUCGAAAAACUUCAGAUCAAAGAGGAUGAACUGCAGAAGAUCCAUGAACCUCGUCCUCCAGCUGAGCGCAAGAAGACGCCUGUCUCAUCAACAGUUACAGUCCGAAAACUGAAGCCAGCUGCCGAGCUCGAAAAGCCAAAACCUAGAUUCGUGACUGUCGCAAAGCCAGCGCCACCAGAUGCUCCAAUCAAACCUAUCGACCACUCAGGGUUUGCUGGACCUCGUUACAACCCUGAUGGCAGCGUUAUCAAGCACAGCAUUCUGGGAAGCUACAACGAUUUCCACAGGCAAGCUGUCAAGAAGGGAGACCUCAUUGAUAUCCCGAGUCCACGUGACGCUGACACCCAACCCUCAGCUCCAACACUCAAGUAUGAGAGGAAGAAGAAGAUGGUGAAAGACAACAUCCACUCCCAGGCGGACGAGAACAAUGCACUGAGGAACUGGCACCUCAGGAUGAUGCAGAGGAAGAAGCAACAGGGAUACAUCUCAAAGCUGCUGCAGAAGUCUCCAGAAGACCUGGCCAUGAACCAGGCAGACAACUUCCGCUUCAUCCAGGAACAGAGAUACAUCAUAGACAGGACCAUACCCGCCAUGGACUAUGGCAAGGGAUACCGAGUGGGCAGUGAGUACUGGAAGCAGCAGGAGAGGUUCGGUGAUGAAACGGUUGGAAUACAUAUGGCCUUGACCCAGACAGAGAAAGGUUACCCAGUACCCGUGGAGCAUGUGGGACUUCCUCAGACCAUUCGGAAGGAAAAAGGCUGCCCCUGGAGCCCCAGCUACACCGUCCCUGUGUUCUACCCCUGGCACAAAGCCCCCUUCUACGAGAAGCGGAAGAAGCAGCUACAGUCCGUCAUUGACGAACUCGAUCCUCAUCAACCUGAUUUUAACCACUUGGAGGUGAUCGGCACAAACAACCCCUUCAGGGGCAGGGCGGAGAUAGAGUCGGACUCUGGGCUCACGGAGAGAGCUGAGUCGGAGGACCGCUACCUGGGUCUCGAGGAUGGGGACGAGGGAAUACAAGACCCACUCAAGGACCAUCCGGAUGUCUACCCAGAACCGGUGUUCGGACCAUCCUUGCAGAUCGCUGGUCAGCCGGCCCGCUGGACAGGGGACAGUCAUGGCUUCAUCGGGCAGCCUGGUAUCCAGGCCCGGAUCUCGUUCGAGUCAUACACGGGCGAGCGCAUCACUUCCUACCUGGAGAUCGUAAAUGAUGGGACCACAUCUGUCUACUAUGACUGGAAGCAACUCCCCAAGGACAAUCCGUUUGAGUUGGUACAGGCCACUGUCCAGAGGUUCUACUUCAACAACAGCAGCGGUGUAAUUCUGCCUGGAGAGACGAUGAAGUUCCCGUUUGUCUUCAAGUCUCCCAACGCUGGAGUCUUCACGGAACAGUGGAAGUUUGAGACUCGCCCCGUCGUCUGUGGCGGUGCCGACCUCAUCGUGUCCCUGAGAGGGGUGGCACUGCAGGAGGACAUCUACCAGAAACAGAGACAAGAACUGGAGCAAGAUCUGCAGGCGAAGCAGGCUAACCAGGUGGUCACGCAGAUCCUGGACGAGCUGAUAGAUGCCAUCAGGAUGCCCGACCGUCCACAGUCGCCCGUCGACGCCUACAUCACGGAGGAGGAGAUCUUCAGGAGACACAACCAGGGGAUGCACUACAACCAUGAGACGGUGGUGGAGCUGAAGCAGAUGUACCUGCAGCUGUUCCCAGAGGAGGAGAGAGUGGGCAAGUUCUGGGACCUCUGUGUGCAGGACCUCAAAGACCUGGUGAUGGACCUGGAUGAAGAUGACGAGAACAAAGAGCCGUACUUGCAUCGUAUCAACGAAGCUGUGGGGAAGAUGUCGUACACCCCCAACCACCCAAUACAACAGCAGCUGUACAAGAUAGGGUACGAGUAUCUGAUCGAGGCCGUGGACAGUAUUGUUGGGCAAUCCAUGUUAGUCCGUCAAGUUCUUGGGAUGCCUGAAAAAGAAAUAGAAGAAUUUCCUGAAGGCGAUUUAAGACACGACCGAGAAUACUCCUGGGCAUCUUGUUCCUCCACUGGUGACAGUCGGAGGGGAAAGACAGCAGACAAGUCAAAAGCAGAUGGGAAAGAUAAAAGAGGAACACCAGGAAAGGAUGCUAAGGCAGUCAAAAGCGGGAAAGAGACCCCCAAGCCAGAUCCAAAGAAGGCACCACCAGGUCCUAAGAAACCUCCCAGUCGAGGACCUGUAGCUACCCCAGGGCCUGUGGAGAGGGCAGUCACGCCCGUCAGUACACCGUCCAGCCCCGCCCCCGACGCCGAUCCAGUGCUGGAGAGGAAGUACAGGGAAAAACUCUACUGUCAGGCAUACACGGUCAUUGGUGAAGCCAUUGACAGGAUGGAUCAAGCUUUUGCAGAUAAACUGAAAAACAACACUCUCGACAGACUACAACCAAUAUAACUGACAACGUUAACUUGUACAACAUUUCUUCAUUAGGCUUGAAUUUCAGUGAUUUAGUGGGUAAACUGAGAAGACGUUUUACCAUCCCAUUCUUGAUGAUAACAUAAGAAAGCUAAAAUUAACGAGCUGAAACUAGGAAAACAUCUUACAAUUUUUUUAUUUCAUUUCGUUUGUUCUAAAAAUUUAUUCAGAAAAAAUAUAUAUGUAAAAUGUACACAAAUGUAUUUGUAAUGAUUUGCAAAUUAUAUAAAUUUAGCAUGGUUUUGCUACAUAAUCAGUAAAUAUACCACAAUUUAUGAGAAAAUUUUCAUGGGUUUGAAUCCCAUUUUGCCCUCAUGUUUCUUGGUUUGUGGGCACCAUACCCUUGCUUGUGGGUAAACAUCCGAGACCUGCAUCACAUGAAUACAGUUUAAACCCAGUUCACUCACUCACUCACUAAAUCCACUAGUAAAUCUAAGCCUAAUGAAGACAAAGAACGCUGUGAUAAUAAACAGUCAAAAAUGUGAUUUUAAUUUUAUAGUACAAUUAUCUGUUUAAACAUGUAUGUACAUGAAACAGGCUUAAAAUAUAUAUUGAGUAAAUUAAAUUUUGUUUGUGUAAUUGAAUGUUUUCGUUUGAUACACAUCUCAACUACUUUUUGUUUUGAUUUUUAAGUUUGAUUUUGUUAAAAUUCUAUUAAUGUAAGAUAUUUGACCACUUCAAUUAUUUCCAAACGUUUGGGUUGAUUCUGACUGGAAUUGUUACUAAUUGUUACAUGACCAUAAAUAUCCACAAUCAUGAUAAUAUAUUUUGAUAUAUGAUAAUGUUUAGGUACAAUUAUGAAUUUCAUGAUUUUUGUUUUCAGGAAAGUAUUAUUUAUUGUCUGAUCAUGAAUGUACCAUCUGGCAACAACUUUCACUAUUUACAUGUCUGUUGAAAAUUAAAGCAAUAUUAUGCCAA